CACGAUAAACAUCAUUCCUUCAUACCCAUCACUUGAACCAUUCUCCUCUCAUAAUAAAAAGUAAAUACAUUUUCCCCUUAUAUCCAAGAUGAUAACUCCCCUCCCCUACACCCUCCACACCCGCUACCGCUCCAUCGCCCUCGCCUGGACCGUCAUCCUCAUCCCGCCCACCAUCCUCAACAUCGGCCUCUUCUACGACCUCUGGUUCGGCACCUCUCUCGAUCGAAUCCUCGUCCUCACGCUCCCGACCGGCAUCCUGGGAAUCUUCACCAUAAUCGCCAUCAUAGAACGGAUCUACAAACUCACCAAAUCCUCCCCGGAAUAUAGACCUUUAAACGGGUCUCGAUUUUCUCUAGAUGUUUUUCAAUGGGGAUAUUUCGGUGCUCUGAUCUUGAUUUCGGCGUUAAUUUCUUCUGCUCUUGCACGCGGGGAUGUGGAUGCGGAUGGGCAUGAGUUGCAGAUUAGAUUAGUGUCUCUACCUGCUGCUUUGUUGAUGUUUUUCUUGGCUGUGUUGACUCUUUUGUCGUUGGUUCUUAAUGGGGUUGGGGUGAAGCUUCCGUUCCGGUUUGGGAGUGUGGAGAAGGGGAACGUGGUGAGGCCGGCGGUGUUUUAUAUUGUGGAGGAUGUGGUGGCGGUUGAUGGGAAUGGGGGAGUGGAGUUUAGGGAGAAGUGGGGGGAGAGGUAUGAGGGAAGUGUGGUGUUUAGAAAGAUGGUUUUGGAGGUUAGUGUUGUGUGGAUGGUGGCGUUUUUUGUGUUGAGUGGAGUGUUCACGGUACUAGUUAUGUGGCUGCCAGUAGAGGCAGUCUAUGCCGUAGGGUGGGCUGGGCCAUUUCCUAUCGCGGGCUUGAUGGCUGUUUGGACGAUCUACUACGUCAAGGCUAUGUUGAAGGCGGAGAAAGAGGCUGAGGGAGGGUCAGUAGAGAACGGGAAUGUCAACGGGAAUGGACAGGCUCCUAGACAAGGUGGAAAUGAGACGACUCCAUUGUUAGAUAGAGCUUAGGGUAGCAAACGCAAUUUGUGCAACUUGCGCGAUUCGCGCUGGUUGCGCCAUCUGCGCUACCUGCGCUGUUCGCGCUGUCAUCGCACUUUUCAUCGACCC